AUGGCGCAAAGACCACAGAUAGAAGACUACUAUCUUGGGGCCCAGGAGAACUUUAGAGAUUAUGGGCUUUCGUGUGACAGCCAUAAGAAAGAAGAAUUUUCUGUACCCGAGAACGAAUGCGAAAUAAGGCUGAAAUCUACGAAGGAUGUCAAAAUAACCACGCAGUUACUCGAUUGCCGUGACGAAUCGAAAAACCUUGCCGAUUAUGUUUUCACGCAGAGGAAGGGUGACACCAUCUUCUUCAUCAUCAACUUCCCCGAAUCUGGCUACUACAAGUUUCAGAUAUUUGCUCUUCUCGCAUCCGACGAAAGUAAGUCCCUGCCUAACGUUUACAAUUAUUUGAUCAAAGUGGAUCGAGCGCUAAAAGCUGUACACGCCUUCCCCAAGCAGUAUGCUCAGUGGAAAGACGGCUGCUACCUGUACGAACCGAUCGUCCUCAACUCUUCAUCUCGCCUCCACAAGGUCAACUUCAAGGUCCACAUCCCCAAAGCGAAAGCGGCGGCGAUCGUUGUCGACGGAAAGGACUGGCACCAUUUGGAAUUAAAGGGAGAGAAUUUCGAGGGCUCGGUUGCGCUGGAUCAUUGCCGAAACAAGGGUGUCAAGGUCACGUUAAAUGCUAAUUAUGGAGGGGAGAGCACCACGUAUCCCACGCUCCUGGAGUACAAGAUUUAA